CGGAUACAAGUGACGAGCGGCGGGAACAGUUCAGGGAAAUCCGGUGGGACUUUUCUAGCUGCUGUUGACGAGUGGCUGAUUCCAAUGUGGGGAACAGUUUUACACCUUGCUAAACUCGUCCCACCCUAUCACAUCAGCAGGUAACGGCCGAUCGCCAGUGAGUUGGAGGCUUCAGUUCCUUGAGUAUGCUCACAACUUUGCAACCAGAACAGUGAGAUAGUAACAAAAGAGGCAAUUAAGUACUUCUCGGCUAUGUUUGGGAUCGAACACCUUGAAAAUUAUGUUGGGAGAAUAACAUUUUUCACGAAGCUUUCCACUGGAGAACUCGUUCCGGAAGCCCCCAAGGCUAUGCAUGGUUCUUCCGUCAACGCUUUAGUGAAGACAUUGCGUAGAAGGAUGGAACAUAGAAUUCAUAGGCAGCCCAUGAAAGUGGCACGGCGCGAGAUUGCGUCCAUAUCAAACACUCUCGGCAUUAAGCUGCUUGAAGAAAUGGCCGCUGUCUACACUCGAGCCUACCAUGUACUUUGUCCACUAAAGGGUAAUAUGGACAGAAGCUGCAUGGGAUGUGACAUGUCCGAACCGAUUACCAAGUUUAUUAGUAAUCUCCCCCCACAAACCACGACAUCAAGACGCGACAGUAUUCAUACCAUGGUGCAAGACAUCAAGACUCGCCAGACGGCACUUGAUGCCACAGAGAAUGUCGAUGAACAACUUGCCCUUGAAGAAGAUAUCACCGGAAGGAUCUUGUGGACUUGCCAUUCCGGCCUCCGUCCUGCGGUGGAACAUAUACCAGCCAAGGUGCUGCACAGUAUUCUAAAAAAUGACAAGAUAUGCAACCUGGUGGAUCGAGUCGAGGUGAGUAACUGGAUGCACACACGAACUAAAGUUAUUGAAUCACAGGCCGACUAGUUCUUCGAGGAAAUCUCCCGGGUCUUCAACGACGCACUAGCUAAAUUGCCGACCGAUGAUCAGGCUCACUUACGACGAA